AUUUAAUUAGUAUUUACGUGUAUUGGAUGGAAUAACAAAUACUUCUAUAAGCCAAGAUAGCCUUCUUUUUAGGGAAUUUCAAUAAAGUGUUAGAAAUAUGGUAACAAAAUGACUAUGAUGAUGACUACUAUUACUUUUUAGUUUCAAGAGCAUUAAUAGCAGCUAGAGAAUUGAAACCAAAAACUAUACGAUUAACAAAGAAACCAUCCUCCAAACUAUUGGAGAUCACCGAUAUAGUCAGCAGAUUCAUGGGUCCAUUGAUUGAGCAAUAGAAAUCAGAAACAACCAUAGAUGAGGAUAGAAAACAAAUAGAAGAUGUAUUGAAAAAACUUAAGGACAUCAUUCCCCAAUAAAACUAGAAGAUCAUUUAAAUCAUAUGUGCAUACAUGUCUGUGAACUCCUGUGAAGCACAAUAUGCACUUCAAUUAGAAAUGCCAAAAGAUGCAUUUUAAUAGGAAUUGCUCUAUCUCUAAUUCAUGAUAUAUCUAAGAGGAAGAAGAUUUGAUCUGGCAGAGUCCACUCUACUCGACCUGAGAAGAUUUGAUGAUGAAGACAUCCUGACAUAUCUUGCUUAAAUAUAUCUAAAUUUGUAUAAUGGACAACCAGAAUAAGCAUAUAAAUCAAUAUAAGAAACCAAAGAUAGAUUUGGAGAUUCCUCUAAAUUGAUGAAUUUGAUGAUUACUUGUCUCAUCCAUCAAAAUAAAUUUGAAGAGGCUUUCGAAUUAGGAUAAAAGGUGAAAACUCUCAUAAUUGACAAUGAACAAUUUUCAGAUCGCCAGGAAAUUGAAAUUUGUCUAUCGAAUCUAAUAGUUUUAAGUGAAUUGCUCAAUAAAUAACAAUAAAAAGAGGAAUACAUUUAAGUUUUGGAAUAAAUAAAUAAAUCGUGUCAUUUCUUAAAGAGAUAUUAAGAGAAGGUUAAGAAAAUUGAAUAAUUAUCAUGAUAUUUUAUAAUCUAUAUGUUUAAAUAAACAAUACAAUGAAUUUAGGUAUGC